CUUUCCCCUUUUUGCCGGCGGGAAUGGUAACGGAUGGCAACGGGUAGCAGAGGACUUUCUUCCGACCGCCUCUACGAAAAGGGCCCUCCGGAAGGGCGAAAGAAACGGAGCUGCAAUGCAAAAGAUAACAAAAGAGGAACAAACAAAAACUAUCUGAUCGAUGCAAUGCCGGCCGUGGUUGCAGAAUGAGCAAAAGAGAAUUCAAAAAGGGACAAGUAAUAACUUUCCACCAGCACAUCGUCCAGGGUCCAAGGGGUUUGUGGUCGUGUGUCCGCUUUUUCACAGGGUUGUAAAAUCCUCUUCACUUUAUCCCUUUCAUGGUCUCGCCGUGCAGUAAUGUGACCGAUAAAUGAGAUGUGUUGUUGUUACUCGUUUGGUGAGCAGUACAGCGUGUAAACAGGGAAAGAGGGAGAAGGGUCACCGGGCACGUGGAAGACACUUUCGUCGGUUUCACUUUCUUUCGCCGGAAUUUCGCGAACCGGAGCCCUUUCUCGGUUGCAGUUGCGGCAGUUCCCGAUCAGUCUGUAACGGUGCGCGAGCUUGAGCGGAGUACCGAACCAGCAAUUCUCAGUCUGUUCCGGAAGCGGUGUACCGAUCGGGAGGUUACAGUUUGGUGUGAACAACGUUGCAGUUUGGUGUGGAACGAACGAAAGUGAAAAGUGAAGCAAGAUGAGUAACUACGUGGAAAGAAUGUCGGUACAGUACCACAAUUUCUCGCAAGGGGCAGAUCCUCUUAUCGACAGCUGGCCACUGAUGCAGACGCCCACACCGAUCCUCACAAUCUCGGGCCUCUAUCUACUGUUCGUCCUUUGGAUCGGUCCCCGGUGGAUGGAGCAUCGGAAACCGAUCGAGCUGCGGCGCACACUUAUCGUGUACAAUGCGGCCCAAGUCAUCAUCUCGACCGCGUUCUGUCUGACGCCAUUCUUUACCGGCCUGUUUGGACAGUACAUGUCGAUGUCCUGCGGUGAACCAAUGACUGGCAUUAGCAAAGAGCUCCAGCUGUCGGUAUGGAACGGCGCUUGGAUGUAUCUGCUUCUCAAAAUCAUCGAGCUGCUCGAUACCGUAUUCUUCGUGCUGCGCAAGAAACAGAACCAGGUAUCAUUUCUGCACGUCUACCAUCACACAAUAAUGGUGCUGUUUACGUGGUUCUAUCUGAAGUACAUUCCCGGUACGCAAGCAGCCUUUAUCGGUGUGCUGAACUCGUUCGUACACAUCUUCAUGUACACGUACUACCUACUGGCGGCCCUCGGACCGCAGUCGCCCAAGGAGAAGAAGCUCUGGGACCAGAAGUACCUGUUCUGGAAGCGCCAUCUGACGACGCUGCAGCUCCUUCAGUUCGGCAUUAUGCUGUGCUAUUUCGUGCUGAUCAACAGCAUGCAGUGUCAGGUGCCGCGUGCACUGACGUACUUUUUCGUCAGCAACAUUACGAUCUUUCUGUUUCUGUUCAUCAACUUCUACCGGCAGGCGUACAGGAAGCGGCCCGCUACUGUGAAGGCGGACUAAACUCGGUCGUUUGUGUUGGAUUUCAGUAAUGUUUAAACGUGUUUUAUUUAUUUGCUAAACCAGUCAUCAGCUGUCCCUUAGUGCUGUAAUAGCUUAGAAAAAGAAAAUAAACUCUACUGCUUAAACUGUAA